CAUGGAGACUCACACCUUCCCAAAUAUGUUGGAAGGUGUUUAUUUUUAAGUGAAUCUGUAGUUUAGUGGAUUGAACUCAGAGGGACGCUGUUGGUCAGUGUGUUGCAGUUUUAGAGCAUAUUUGCAGCAGUACCUCCCCCAUCAUCUCGAUAUAUUAGAGAGAGAAAGAGCCGCACGCAGAGAGCACAGUCAGGUUUACAGAGAACACUAAGCACGGUGACACGGAGCUGAGAUUAUUUUGUUCCAGAGUGGUGGAGUUUAGGGACAUGUUUGUUUUGUUGUAUUCACAGAACAGUGAAAACGAAUGGAAUAUUACGGCGUUCUUUACAGAUUAUAACGUGUUUGUUGUUUGAUAUCGCAGAGAAAAUGUCGGACAGAACAAUGACACGGCAAGUACUGUUGUUUAUCUCGUUCCUCUCUCUCAGUUCAGUGCACGGGCAGAUCAGUUACUCCAUUCCCGAGGAAAUGGCGAAAGGCUCUUUAGUCGGUAACAUAGCGCAGGAUUUGGGUUUAGAUACCAAAAGACUGACAUCAGGUAAAGCUCGUAUUUUUACUGGAGACAGCGCAGAGUACAUCGAGCUGAAUAAAGAAAGGGGAGUUCUCCUUAUCAAAGAGAGAAUAGACCGGGAAGCGCUCUGCGGACAGACGACGCCUUGUGCUUUGCAUUUUCAGAUAAUUCUAGAAAAUCCCAUGGAAUUUUUUCGGGUAACUGUUGAGAUUACAGAUGUAAACGAUAAUGCUCCUAAUUUUAAGAAGACCGAGAAACGUUUUGAAAUUAGUGAAUCUGCAGUGAUUGGGGCUACAUUUAUGCUGGAGAGAGCAAUAGAUCCCGACGUUGAUCUUAAUGGUCUCCAGAGCUACACCCUUAAACCCACUGAUCAUUUUCAGUUAAAACUAAAAAAUCAACCCGAUGGAAGUAAAAAGGUAGAGCUGGUUUUGCAGAAGCCUUUAGAUCGGGAGAGACAGGAGCGGAUAUCUUUAGUAUUAACAGCUAUUGAUGGAGGCGAGCCGCAACUAUCUGGAACAGUGCAAAUACAUGUUACAGUGUUAGAUGUAAACGACAAUGCACCUGUUUUUACGCAGGAGAUUUACAAAGCAACGGUUGUUGAGAAUUCACCUAAAGGAUCCUUGUUGACCACAGUUAGCGCUUCUGAUGCGGAUAAAGGGUCUAAUAGCAUGGUUAGCUAUUCUUUGUCCAGCAGUACUGAUCUCUUUGAGUUAGACAGUGACAGUGGUGAAUUUAGACUAAUCGGUCAGAUAGAUUAUGAAAAGGCUAAAUAUUAUCAAAUGUUUAUCGAAGCAAUGGACGAAGGAGGGCUAUCUGAUUCCAGUAAAAUAAUCAUAGAUGUUAUUGACGUCAAUGACAACAGCCCCGUUAUUAUUAUAAUGUCAAAGUCUAGUUCAAUAGCGGAAGACUCUACCUCUAGUACAGUUAUAGCCAUGAUCAGCGUUAACGACCCAGACUCUGAUAGUAACGGUCAGGUACACUGUGGGAUUAAUGAAAACAUUCCAUUCACCAUUAAAUCUAUAUCCAACGCCUUUUACAGUCUAGUAACUGACAGUGACUUGGACCGAGAGAGAGACUCUGAAUAUAACAUCAGCGUGACGUGCUCUGAUGAGGGAGUGCCCUCGCUCUCCAGCAGCGUCACUCUCACCUUACAGAUAUCAGAUGUGAAUGACAACGCGCCUGUCUUUGAGAGGAGCUCAUAUGAGGCCUACAUUAUAGAAAACAACACACCGGGCCUCUCUAUAUUCACAGUGAAAGCCAGAGACGCUGACUGGAACCAGAAUGCCCGUGUUUCUUACAUACUGGAGGACUCCUCGGUUAACGGAAUACCCGUCUCCUCAUAUGUGUCCGUUAGUGCUGAUAGUGGAGUCAUCCAUGCAGUGCGCUCUUUUGACUACGAGCAGAUUAAGGAUUUCCAGUUCUGCGUCAAAGCGCAGGAUGGAGGCUCCCCUCCACUCAGUAGCAAUGUGACUGUGAAAAUGUUGAUCCAGGACCAGAAUGACAACACGCCUCAGGUUCUGUACCCAGUCCACACUAGCAGCUCUCUGGUGGCUGAAAUGGUGCCUCGUUCAGCAGAUGUGGGCUAUCUUGUUACUAAAGUGGUGGCUGUUGAUGUGGACUCCGGACAGAAUGCCUGGCUCUCGUAUAAACUACAGAAAGCGACAGACAGGGCGCUGUUUGAAGUGGGCUUACAGAACGGAGAAAUAAGAACUAUACGCCAAGUCAAUGAUAAAGAUGCUGUGAAACAAAGGCUCACUGUUGUAGUGGAGGACAACGGGCAGCCCUCUCGUUCAGCUACAGUCAAUGUUAACGUGGCGGUGGCGGACAGCUUCCCUGAAGUGCUCUCGGAUUUCACUGACUUUACGCACGACAAGGAGUACAAUGACAACCUGACUUUUUACUUAGUCUUGGCUUUGGCUGUAGUCUCAUUUCUGUUCAUCACAUGUUUAGUGGUUAUUAUAUCAGUAAAAAUAUACAGGUGGAGACAGUCUCGCAUCCUCUAUCAUUCCAAUCUCCCGGUUAUUCCGUAUUAUCCACCGCGUUACGCAGACACUUUGGGGACAGGAACUCUACAGCACGUGUACAAUUACGAGGUGUGCAGGACAACUGACUCCAGAAAGAGUGACUGUAAGUUCUCCAGACCCUGUAGUCAGAACGUACUGAUAAUGGACCCCAGUUCUACAGGGACAAUGCAGCGGAUGCAGAGUGAAAGUAACAUCUUGGAUGAACCAGACUCGCCACUAGAGCAAAAGCCUCCUAACGCCGACUGGCGCUUCACCCAAGGCCAGAGACCUGGACCCAGUGGGGCUGGAGGCCCCCCUGAGAUGGCCAUGGGAACUGGACCCUGGCCCAACCCCCCCACCGAGGCUGAGCAGCUCCAAGCCCUGAUGGCCGCAGCCAACGAAGUGAGCGAGGCGACCGCCACCCUGGGGCCGGGCACCAUGGGUCUAAGCACCCGUUACAGCCCCCAGUUCACCCUGCAGCACGUGCCCGACUACCGCCAGAACGUCUACAUCCCUGGCAGCACGGCCACCCUGACCUCCAACCCCCAGCAGCAGCAGCAGAUGGUGAUGCAGCAGCAGAUGGUCGCCCAACAACAGGCCCUGCAGGCCCAGCCUUCCGAGGCCUCGGCUCAGCCUGAACCCCCCAAGGCUGCCCAGACCCCCGCCUCCAAGAAGAAGUCCACCAAGAAGGAGAAGAAGUAGGAUGGAUGGAGGAACGAUGAAUGGAUAGAUAUGGAAUAUACGAUGAGACAAGAAAAAUAAACGACCUGAUGAGAACUGAAAUGUAACCACAGGAGGCUGCUGAGGGGAGGAAUGCUCAUAAUGGCCGGAACGUAGCGAAUGGAAUGUCAUCAAAGACAUGGAAACCAUGAGUUUUAUGUAUUUGAUACCAUUCCAAUCAUGCUGCUCCAGACAUUACCACAAGUCUGUCCUCCCCAAUUAAAGUGCCACCAACCUCCUGUGAAUUCAACCCCCCCUCACCCCCACUUCUUCACAUAAUGCGUUUACUCUAAACAUGGUCAGAAUUUUUUUGGUCACGCUCAAAUGAUAACACAAAAAUAUGGAGAUGGUUUGGGAAUGUUUGUCUUUGGGCUCUUGAAUCUGGAAAGUGUUGAAGGUUUAAGAGCGAACAGCAUGGACAUUUUGUUUUUGUUUUCUUUCUGAAGGCUAGCUAGAAACAGUUGUUUUUGAACGCCUGUGUUCUGUUCUAGUCAACAGAAAAGUAUUCAUGGUAUUUGACGUUAAGGAAGACUGGGGGUUUAGGGUGGGGUUGUGUUUUGGUCAAUGAAUUUGGAUGCACUUCAGACAAGAGAUUGAGUGUAAGAAACCUUGCUGGGGUAACAAGGCUUUGCCCAGUGACGUAUUCACACGUGGAUAUUUUAACCAUGUUUCCUAAGAUCUUUCAUGUUGGAUUUAUAAUUCUUUAUUUUCCUGAGUUGGGAAGUAGAUCAUUGUUGACUAUACUAGAUUGCCAUGAUCAGAUUCCUAUAUAGCCUCCACCACUAUAUAGGAUCAGCAUUAUAGGAUCCUACACCACAGCUCUUUGGAACACAAGGGUAUCCCGUUCCACUGGUAGGAUUCUACUCCUCUGCAUGUUCCUAUAGCUUCAAACCACAGACCUUCUAGAAGAUUCAACAAUGCAUUGUAUAAGUGUUGCAAAGAGGACGACCACCUUAACUCUUAUCCCAAUAAUACUGGUUGACAAAUGCACUCGUAGCAUUUACCUGACGUGGUAGUGAAAAUUCUAAAUAUGAUUUUGUAACAUACUUAAAUGAUAAGAUUAGAAUAGUUUGACGUUUUUUAUGACCUUAGCGUGAACCCUAUUAGAGCACUAGGGCAGACGGGGAGGGGCAUGUUAUAGUACUAUCAUCACCCUAUUGGCUGGCUUGGUGACAUAGUAGGCACUGCCCCCUUUUUAAAACACCAUAGAUGGGCAUAGAGACCACCUGCUGUCCCCCUCCUAAACCAGUCAUGUCCCCUCCCCUUACUGGCUAUACCACUUCAACCAUAAGAGAUGCACUGCUCAUACUAUGAAGAUGAGCUGUAGGGUAAAAAGCAUUUCAGAGUAGGGCACAAGUAGAGAUCUUUAACAAAGUGCUUAGAAGUUAGACACUUGUUAGGUCGCUAGGCUUUAGAUUGAGUGUUCACCCCUUGCUACGUAUCCUGAAGUGCAGAUGAUUCUACUUCUUGACGUGAGAAGAUAACAGUUUUUGGAUGACUCAUAGUAUAAGAGUUGUUUAGAAGAUGUAUGAAGUCUUUCCUUUGCUGUCUGUCCGGCUGCUGGUUGGACACUGCAUGAAGAGGCAGCGUGCAGGCUGGGUUCAAUGGGGAGAGGGCUGAGGUUAGGGUUACAACGUCUGGGUUGGUACCAUUAGAUUGACGGGGAGGGUGGCAACGACCUUGGCUCUACUCACUGAAUGUACAUAAGCAAGGUCCAUCUGUAAACUUCAUCUAAUGUACUGACCCAGGUUAGAGGUUGACAGAGCCAAGCACAUCCCUCCAUGUCACAUAGGAGAUACCACUUCAGAAGCAGGGAGGGGGGACAGAGUUAGCUAGCUCCAGUCCUCGCUGUAUCUAUCCCCUCAGUGUAAAUCCACUCUGGUAAUGCUAACCUCAGACUCUCCCUCCACUCCCUGGUCCUGUGUAGGCUCUUCCCCACUGUAAAUAAACACUAGUCCUAACCAUGGCAUGAGCCAGUUGUUUGUAUAGUACGGACAUGUCCAGAAUUUUCAAAUUAAAAGUCCUCUCUCCACAAGGCGUGGAUUACUACUGGAAUGUGUUGCAUUUGUUUUUCAAGAAAAAUAAGAAAACCACAGCAAAAAAUAUAUAACGAUCUCUGAAAUGUUCUUCAACAGUUUGUGUUGCAAUGUAGUAACUAAACACCAUGAAGGCCAACUAACUAAUUCUUCAGUGUAAAUAAAAAUAAAGUUAACUUUAGACGAUAAGUAAACAGUGACACACGUAGACUAGGUAACUUGUGAUAUGUGUUGCGCAUAUUUUUGUGUUCAUGUUCACUCUCUCUAUUCUACCACCCUGUAAAGAAACAAACACCAAAAAAAUAUAUUGAAAACAUUUUUCCAUCCUUCUGUAACCUUUUUUCUGUGAUUUAUCUUGUGCAUUGUGCAGGAAUGCCUCUCUCUCUGUCCAUAUGAACAAAUUAUUAUAAAUAUUAUAUAUGUAUGUAUGUCCGUCCACUGCUGAAUUAAUCCUCUCUCGUGCUGUAGCCUGAUAUCUUUUUUAUGAAACUCUUAGACCCCCCCUCCCCCUCCCCCCACGCUAAUCUCUUAUUUGUUAUGCUAAUAUUUAUAUUGCUGUUUUAUUUUCUCUUGAACACUGACGUUUCAAAUAAAAGGUUCUGAAAUCAUUAAA